AUGCAGCAAGAAAACAAAGCGGGGACAUCGUGGGAUAUGGUGGCCAGACCAUGGACAGACGGCAGAGAGAUACAGGUGGUACCCCCUCUGAAAAUGGAGGCUAAGGAUGCAGGUGCUACCGAUUUGGUUCUUAUGAGGACACUGGCAGCAAGCAGUAGUGUUUUUGCUCAUGUUGGAGGUUUAGACAAGGGUAUGCCUAGUAGAAGGGAGGCUCUGUACCACCUAUUCUCCCUCAGGUUUAUGAAGAAGAGCUGCUCAAUUGUUUACACCAUCAUUAGCAUUGUUGAAAAGUCCGCGCUUUUAUUUAUCACAGUUGAAGAUGUUAAUGAAAACCCACCCAAGUUUACACAACCAGUCUAUUAUGCAAAUGUGUCAGAGCUACAAACGGUGGACAAUGUAGUUUUUACUUUCAAAGGCGAAGCAAAUGACACUGAUAAAACUGGCGAGAUUAAAGAAUAUAACAUAACAAAUUGGAAGGAUUAUUUCAGAACAGGAGGAGUUGCUGCUGAUGGAAAUAUAGUGCUCAUAAAGAAACUAGAUUACGAUAAUGAUAUAAGAACAUUUAAUCUAAUUGUUUGGGCAUUGGAUAAUGGCACCCCUACGUUAUCAGCAAGCACCACACUUGUUGUGAAUGUGAUUGAUGAAGACGACUUGAACCCAGUUUUUGAAAAGGAUUUUUAUGAACUAAGUGCACUUGAAAAUACAACUCUUGAUUCAUUAUUUGUGCAUCCACCAAUCCAUGCUUAUGAUGCUGAUCUGGGUAUCAACCAAACUGUUAUGUAUGAGAUUUCCUCAGUUUAUCCGCCAAAGUAUGAAAGCUACUUCCAAGUGAACAAUGAAUCCGGGGUACUCCAGGUGGUGCAAAAACUUGACAGAGAACAGAUAGAUGCAGUAACAAUACAGUUGAAGCAAUUGGAUAACAUUCGUGAUAAUGUUAGUUUUUAUGUGUAA